AUGAUAGUGUUGCCCAAUACUCCACCAGUCCCAGUCCAGAUUGAGGGCUCGACCACGGCUCUACCGGCUCAAGUGUUGUCGCUACGGACAUCUUUACAGAAUGUCAAGUUGGCGACGUACAACGACUCCAUAAACUACGUGGUCAACCUAGAAAAAUACCUCGACUCCAUCGAUCAAAUCUCCGACGGCGUGGACGCUAGUGAGACUUUUGUCAGCUCCAAUAUACCCUGGAACCACUUGUCCAAGACGAAAUUCAAGCAGUUCUUCAACACGGGGAACAAGAAGAUCGAGUCGGUGAGAUGGUCGUUGAUGAACGAAUUGAUCAUGACCUCUCUUUCCAUCAGCUUGAUUUACGUUAGAAUAGCGUCGGAUUUGCUCAACAGCACCAUCGACACUGAUGUCGAACCUCCUGCAAAGGCAGAAGAAUACAACGAGAGCUGGAAACAAGUGAUGAAUUUGUACAAAAAGUCCAUUUCUUUUUUAAUGUAUGAGCAGCUGUUGGAGUCGAAACAAGGCUCAUUCUCCGAGGGGGCACUAAAAAUCAACCCGGUGCUUAUACCGUUCUUGUCCAAGAUCAGCGAGAUUUGCAUUCAAGUCUCGAUACUAGCCAAGUACUUGUGGAUAAACCGGGCGUCCAUCAACUAUAACGAGCAAGUGACGACGGAGAAUAAUGCCACCUUGGCCAAAGUUGCCAUUUUCUGCGUCAACGAGUUGGAAGCGUCGCAAAAGCUCUUGGAGAGUCUAUUGCACUCAACGGGGAAGAAAACUGAAGCUGACAAUGAAUUGAUCAAUCUAGAUUACAGAGACUGGGAAGACUACUUGCUGUUGUUCAAGAGAUAUAUCAGCGCUUAUGCCGGAUUAUUCUUGGCCAUCCAAAACUAUAGGGAUGACAAAAUCGGCAACGCCCUUGGCUUGAUCCGGUAUAGUCUUUUGGCAUUGCAGAGCAAGAAGGACUUGCCACCAAGCUCAACUUUGCACAAGAAAUUUUCCUUUCAGAAAAUUCGAAACAAGGUCCAGCAGCGAAGUCAAGAGAAUGUACUACAGAGCUUAAAUUCGAUUUCAACUUUGGACAUCAAGAGGUCGGCUUUCAAUGAUAAAUCCGGUAUCGUGCUAAACGAUCUCGCGUACUUGUAUGACCAAUUGAUUAGGUUGAAUUUGAAAUUCACCCUGGAGAAUGAUAACUUGAAGUACCAAGAUGUCGUGCACUGGUCGUCAGUGGGGUCCGACUCCAAAUGGCCCAUCGGAUGCAAGAUUCCAGUUUCAAACAUCGAACCUUACGAGGUCCAUAAGAGUGUGGAAAAGUCAGAAAAUGAAUACGCUGGUCGAGGAUCAUACUUCUGA